UCAUGAAUCCAUAUUUAUUAAACAACAUCAUCCAUCACCACUACAAGUUUGAUAACAAUUGAUUAAAACCCCGAAUAAACUUUGAUUCGCCAAUCCAGCCUAUCCAUCAUCCUAAAAUUAAUUAUCACCCUCAUCUUCCGUUUGAAUUUACAAAACCUCCUACACGGCUUGUUUGUUUGUACCUUGAGAAAAUUUAUAUAUCACUCCUCUCUUCUCGAAAACUCAUUGAAGUCAACAUUCAUCAAACCAUUUCUCAAAUAUGUCAGGUCUAAUGACCCCAAUAGCAGGUGAUCGUAAACGACGUAUAUGUUACUUUUUCGAUUCGGAUAUUGGUAAUUAUCAUUAUGGACCUGGUCAUCCAAUGAAACCACAUCGAAUCAGAAUGACACAUGCUUUGGUAAUGAAUUAUGGACUUUAUAAAAAAAUGGAAAUCUUUCGUGCUAAACCUGCUACAAGGAAAGAAAUGGCUCAGUUUCAUACAGAUGAUUAUGUGGAAUUCCUUAGUAGAGUUACACCUGAUAAUAUGGAAGGAUUUUUAAAAGAACAAGCUAAAUUUAACUUGGGUGAUGAUUGUCCGGUCUUUGAUGGUUUAUUCGAAUACUGUUCAAUUUCAGCAGGCGGUUCAAUGGAAGGUGCUGCACGACUAUCACGUGAUAAAUGUGAUAUUGCUGUCAAUUGGGCUGGUGGACUUCAUCAUGCCAAAAAAGCUGAAGCUAAUGGGUUUUGUUAUGUUAAUGACAUCGUUUUGGGUAUCCUCGAGCUACUGAGAUAUCACAAACGAGUCUUAUACGUAGACAUUGAUGUUCAUCAUGGAGAUGGUGUUGAAGAAGCUUUCUAUACCACAGAUCGAGUGAUGACCUGUAGUUUUCAUAAGUAUGGAGAAUUUUUUCCUGGUACAGGAGAAUUGAGAGAUAUUGGUAGUGGUAAAGGAAAGCGUUAUGCUGUUAAUUUUCCUCUAAGAGAUGGAAUUACUGAUGAAGCUUAUAAAAAUAUCUUCGAACCUGUCAUCAUGAAGAUUAUGGAAACUUAUCAACCUUCAGCUAUCGUCUUACAAUGUGGAGGUGACUCGUUAGCAGGUGAUCGGUUAGGAAGUUUUAACGUUUCUCUCAAAGGACAUGCAAAUUGUGUUCAGUUUAUUAAAUCUUUGGGGCUGCCAUUACUUUUACUUGGUGGUGGUGGUUAUACUAUACGGAAUGUGUCAAGGACUUGGGCCUUUGAGACUGGAUUGGCUGCUGGUCAAGAAUUGUGUCGAGAAAUUCCCAUGAAUGAAUAUUAUGAAUAUUUUGGUCCGACUUAUCAUUUAGAUGUACCUGCCUCAAAUAUGGAAGAUAUGAAUGUUGAUAGAUAUCUUGAAAAAGUCAAGGUUCAAAUUUUUGAGAAUCUAAGACAUACUAUACCUGUACCAUCAGUUGAGAUGCAACGUUAG